AUGAUUGCCAACCCCUCCCUGCAACACCACCACUCACACGAUUCUUCUUCGUCCUAUCGAUCUGGUAGCCGUUCACGACACUCCACCACUCCUCGAGCCCAGCGCACAGCAGAACUCGCCGACUUCAGCAGUAACCAAACCACUACCACGUGGUCACCUGCGACAGUAACAGCAGCAACUGCAUCGACUUCAGACUCUACACCUACUCCAGCGUCUGCGGGUCACGAAACCGCCCACGUGUCGGCCACUGGCGGAGCCUCACGCUUCCCUUCCCCGCCUCCAUCUUCAUCACCUGCUGCUGCUACCGGCCCAGCUUACGCCGAUGAUGCAAAGAGCUCGUCUAUGGCAUCCGACGCGAGGGACUCUGGUCCCCUAGGCCACGCUUCGCGGUCCGGCACCACAUCACACCCCUCUACUGCUCAACAACCAUCUCCUGCCUCCGACGACUUUCAAAUACCCAACCCUACUUAUUCUCUCUCUGGUGCACCCUCACAGCAGCCAGAGCAGACAGUUAUACAUAUUCGCGAUCUAGCACACAUUCAGAGUUUGGCCAGCGCCGAUCUACUAUCUGGCAAUGGCGGAUCUGGCAUCCUUAACGACCCCCCUCUUCAGCAAAUGAAGUAUGAAAUCAGUGGCAUGCCUAUAGGGGAUAUUAUCGAAAUGGUAGCCGCGUUAUUAACAAAAAUCACCACCACAAACGAUUUGCAACACGAUGCGAUGCAGCGCAAUGUCGCUCACCAGCAACAGGCUAGUCAGUCUGGCGAUACGAGUGGCAGCUCGAUCUCAUCCUUGAAUCAUUCUGUUCUCGCUUUCCAUGGCAAGAAUGUUCCCGCUAUUACUAUCCUCAGCUACCUGUCGAGAAUACAUAAAUAUUGCCCCACCACUUACGAAGUAUUUCUCAGUCUUCUAGUAUACUUUGAUCGUAUGACAGAGCGCGUCAACGAUAUGGUUACAAAGAACGAAGAGGCUCGAAGGCAGACACAGUCGCGGCAGACAAACACAAACACUCCACAGGACACCCCCAUGCGCGGCGAGGUUGUGGGCGAUGCAGAUGAGAGCGAUUCAGAUCUUGCGGACGAUGAUGAUGAAGAUAUGGCCGAUUCGACUGGACAAGGCCGUUCAAGUAGCAAUAAAGGAGCUGCCACUCCUACAGAACACCCCGCCAUUGCUGCUGCAACAUACUUCGUUGUUGAUAGCUUCAACAUUCAUCGUCUGAUCAUUUCUGGUGUGACGUGUGCGAGCAAGUUCUUCUCGGAUGUUUUUUACACUAACUCGAGAUAUGCCAAGGUUGGUGGAUUGCCACUGGUUGAAUUGAAUCAUCUUGAGCUCCAAUUUCUCCUCCUCAACGAUUUUCGACUCGCAGUUCCAGUGGAAGAUCUGGAAGCGUAUGCGACUAUGCUGGUUGAGUUUUAUGCCCGAGAGGUGGUAGCUAAGCAGGCGGCAACUGGAAGCACCGAAUGA